GCGCUCGGGCCGCCGAACCGCCUCUCGUUCCCAGGGGUGGAGGCGGCGGUGGGAAGGGGGAGGACGAGAAGGAUGCGGAGGUUGAGCAUCGCGUGCUCUAAUGGCGGAGGAGGAGGAGGAGGAGGAGGUAAGGGGUUGACGUAUAAGGACGCCGGAGUUGACAUCGACGCCGGGGCGGAGCUGGUGAAGAGGAUCGCCAAGAUGGCGCCGGGGAUCGGAGGGUUCGGUGGCCUCUACCCUUGGGGUGAUGAUUACCUUGUUGCCGGCACCGACGGUGUCGGUACAAAACUAAAGCUUGCAUUUGAAACCGGAAUCCACGAUACCAUCGGGAUUGAUCUGGUCGCUAUGAGUGUUAACGACAUUGUUACAUCCGGAGCAAGACCCUUGUUCUUUCUCGAUUACUUCGCUACUAGUCGUCUCGAUGUUGAUCUUGCUGAGAAGGUGAUAAAGGGGAUUGUUGAUGGAUGCCAACAGUCCGAUUGCGUUCUUCUUGGAGGGGAGACAGCAGAGAUGCCUGAUUUCUACGCUGAGGGUGAGUACGACCUCAGCGGUUUUGCUGUUGGUGCUGUGAAGAAGGACGCAGUCAUUGAUGGGAAGAACAUCGUGGCUGGAGAUGCCCUCAUUGGCCUUCCAUCCAGCGGCGUCCAUUCUAAUGGAUUCUCUCUUGUCAGAAGGGUUUUGGCAAAGAGUGGUCUAUCUUUGCAUGAUCAACUUCCUGGAAACAAUGGAAAACCAUUAACAGUAGGCGAAGCUUUAAUGGCGCCGACCGUCAUCUAUGUUAAGCAGGUGCUUGACAUCAUUAGCAAGGGUGGUGUUAAAGGAAUAGCCCACAUUACCGGUGGUGGUUUUACAGAUAAUAUUCCGAGAGUAUUUCCUUCGGGCCUUGGAGCGAAGAUCUUUACAAAUUCUUGGGAAGUCCCUUUAGUCUUCAAAUGGAUACAGGAGGCUGGAGGAAUUGACGAUUCCGAGAUGCGGCGAACCUUUAACAUGGGCAUCGGGAUGGUUCUCGUCGUCAGUCCCGAGGCUGCAACUAGAAUACUUGCAGAGCACCAGGGAUCUAAUUCCACAUAUAAAAUCGGUGAGAUCAUAGCUGGGGAGGGAGUCGUAUAUGCGUAAGAAGCAUAUGCAUAAUACUUAGUCAUGUAUGAGUUUUGUGUGAUUGAGGCCAUUUCCUGAUAUUAAUGUCAGAGUUGAGUGUUCUGCUAACAUUGUGAAAAUAAGAAAUUAAAAGUUAUCUAUAACAUCGAAAUAAAAAAUUCGCGCUUUAUAUUUAUUAUAGUUAAUGGUUUGAGGCUUCUCUUUUCAACUUGUAAUGAAAAUUUGGGGUGCUUGCAGUUA